GAAAUACGAAUGAUUGGAAACAAAUGUUUGACACCAAUGUCAUAGGUUAUAACAUUUGUAGCAGAGAAGCCAUCAAUAUCAUGGAGGAAAUAAAAAUCAAAGAGGGUCAUAUAAUAAAUAUUAACAGUGUUGCAGGUCAUUUCCAAAUGCCAUAUAUGAAAGAUAUUUCAGUUUAUUCCGCUACCAAACAUUGUGUUACUUCAAUUACAAACGAUUUAAGAGAAUUGAUGGGCAUGAAAGGUUUACCCAUCAGAGUCACGAGUAUCAGCCCAGGAGCAGUAGAAACUGAAAUGACAGAGGAGAUAAGCAAAUCAGGAAUGAUUAAUAAUAUUUUGAAAUCUAUUGACAUUGCUGAAGCUAUUAUGUACGCAUUGAGURCACCGCAGCGUGUCAAUGUCGCCGAAAUUAUCAUAACACCAACAGGUGAAAAUACAUUAGGUUUUAUCAAGUCUUGUGCUAGUGUAUUAUAAUAAAUACUCAUCAGUGAGCCGUACUGCAAGUAAAACCGUAAUAAAGUAUAAACAAUUAAUAUACUACGUGGUACCUUCGUAAUUCACUUUUUUUUUUAAUUACAUUAAGGUACCCCUAGCUUAAUUCACUUUUUAAAAAUAUAUAUUAUAUGUGCAUAAUAUUCAUAUCUUAUACGAGUUAUAAUGGAUAAUAUAUUUAUUUAUAAGCUUGGUUGAUAACCUAUCUAUCUAUCUAUUAUAAAAAAUKCAUCAUUAUCUUUUAGUGAUUCUCAUAAUCUUAAGCACCUUUCAAAUUGAAAUUGAAAGUUUCAAUAGUAGUAUCAUACAUUUAUACCCACUUCACCUAUGCCUACUGACSUUUGAUCACUACCCAUCAACAAUAAUCAUCACAACGUCAUAUUGUACUAUUGUAGUACCAUGCAAUGCAGAUUGUUGUUAGUCAAGAUAACAAACCCUUUCAAUAUAUAAUUGUUUUAUUAUAAAAAUCUAUUAAAUAGGUAUUUUUGUUUUAUGYAUCUAAAUUUAAUAUUGCAAAUUUGUAAAAUGCAAUUUCAAUUGUAAAAUUUAUGAUAUAUUUUUUUUUAAUUUAAAAAAAAAAAGCCUCGGCGUUUAUGGCCAUUGGCAUACAAGGAGUUUUAAGUUUAACAUUAUUUUUAAUAUACAGUAUUUACAUAAACAAAAACAGAUUAUAAACUAUUUAUAAGAUUGGUCUUGUGACUUAUGGUAUCUGGAUGGAGGGCUUCCGACAUGAUAUUUGAUACCCCGCAGCUUCUCGUUUGUCCGUCUCAUAGGAACGGCAUUCGGAUACAAUGUGUUUGUUUGAUAGGACUGAWAGGAGUGUACCGCAACUGGUACAUAAUAUGGGUGGAUUUUCCUGCUUUAUCAAGUACUGGUGUGUUAGCGACGUGUGUCCUAUACACACUUCAUGAUAAUAUAUUAUAAUAUUAUUUGUAAU